AUGGUCUCGAAGCUGAGUCAUCUUCAAGUGGAGCUACUGGGAGCGCUGCUGGAGUCAGGGCUAACCAAGGAGACCCUGAUCAAGGCGCUGAGCGAGGUGGAACCCUACGUGCUCCAGAGUGAAAGUCAGCGCGCUAUCAAUGCCCUCCAGACAGAGAAAGGGGAACCCUGUCCCGACAUCCCCAACCUCCCCAACGGAAUGGCGGAGUCCAGGUUAUCGGAAGAUGAAACCUCUGAUGACGGGGAGGAAUUUACCCCUCCAAUAAUGAAGGAGCUGGAAAACUUGAGCCCUGAGGAGGCUGCUCACCAGAAGGCUGUGGUGGAAAGACUAUUACAAGAGGAUCCCUGGCGAGUAGCAAAGAUGGUGAAAUCCUACCUCCAGCAGCACAACAUCCCUCAGCGUGAGGUGGUGGACACUACUGGCCUAAACCAAUCUCACCUCUCACAACACCUCAACAAGGGCACUCCCAUGAAGACCCAAAAAAGGGCAGCCCUCUACACCUGGUAUGUCCGCAAGCAGCGAGAGGUCGCCCAGCAAUUCACACAUGCUGGCCAGGGUAUCCUGACAGAGGAGCCCAUGGGAGAUGACCUGCCCACCAAGAAGGGAAGAAGAAACCGCUUUAAGUGGGGUCCUGCCUCACAACAGAUCCUGUUCCAAGCCUAUGAGAGACAGAAAAACCCCAGCAAAGAAGAGAGAGAGGCACUAGUGGAAGAGUGCAACAGAGCAGAGUGUAUUCAGAGAGGUGUUUCCCCAUCUCAGGCCCAGGGACUGGGCUCGAACCUGGUGACAGAGGUCAGAGUUUACAACUGGUUUGCCAAUCGCAGGAAGGAGGAGGCUUUCCGGCACAAGCUGGCCAUGGACACCUUCAGCGGACCACAGCCCACCUCUGCUCCCCCUCUAACUCCUCACAACUCUUCCUCCCUCCAGCCACCAUCUGCUCUCUCACCCAGCAAAGUUCACGGAGUGAGGUACAACCAGCAGCCAGCCAGUGAGGCAGAGUCCUCCAGCAGCAACCACCAUGGGAACAGCUCCAUGGUGACCACCCAAACCAUCCUGCAUCAGGUUUCUCCCCCUGGACUGGAACCCAGCCAGAAUCUACUAAGCACAGACACUAAACUGGUCUCAGCUCCUGGAGGAACUCUCCCUCCUGUCAGCACCCUGACUGCCUUGCACAGCCUAGAGCAAAAUCCACAUGCACUGAGCCAGCAAACUCAGAACCUUAUCAUGGCAUCACUGCCAGGUGUUAUGGCAAUUGGAGCUGGUGAGACCUCAUCCCUAGCACCAGCAUUCACCAACACAGGUGCCUCCACCCUGGUGAUAGGCCUGGCCUCAACCCAGCCCCAGAGUGUACCUGUAAUAAACAGCAUGGGGAGCAGCCUCACUACCCUGCAGCCCGUCCAGUUCUCCCAGCAACUGCACCCAUCCUACCAGCAGCCCCUCAUGCAGCAAGUCCAGAGCCACAUCAACCAGAGCCCCUUCAUGGCUACCAUGGCACAGAUACAGAACCCUCACGCUCUCUACGGCCCCAAGUCUGAAGUGGCCCAAUACACACAUACAGGCCUCUUACCACAAACCAUGGUGAUAACAGAUACAGCCAAUCUCAGCGCCCUGACUAACCUGACACCAACUAAACAGGCAUUCACAUCUGACUCAGAGACUCACACAGAGUCUGGGAUGCAUACACCAGUGUCACAGGCGUCAACGAUACAUUUACAGAACCAAGACACAACUAUCCAGCACCUUCAGCCAGGCCCUCGCCUCACCUCAAGCCCCGCUGUGUCCUCCAGCAGCCUGGUGCUGUACCAAAGCUCUGACUCCGCCAACAGCCACAGUCAGCUGCUGCCAUCCACUCACAAUGUCAUCGAGACCUUCAUCUCCACACAGAUGGCAUCCUCCACUCAGUAA